AUGAAUAAGGAAUAUCAAUUCAUGGCCCCCAAUUUACCCGGGCUGCCAGCUGUUUUUAGGCAAGAAAUUAGAAACAUCGGAACAUUACCAAUAAUUGAAAAGCUGAGCCCACUGGUCGAGUUGGACUGGAGGUCGAGCCAGUAUCGAGGUAGCCAUGAGAACAGCUGGGAAGUCACUAAGGGAAACUUCAAUGACGAUUCCUUAUAUGGGGCCCAUGGUCUUGUACCACUUGCCGAUAUUGAGCCAGCGUCAUCAGAAAGGAACUGUCUGAUGCUUCGGGAAUGGUUAUCUACCUGUAUGGCCAGCCAUGAAAGCUGCCGCUCAUCACAAUCCAUGACAGAUGACCCUGCUGAAGAUACCACGCUAUUACCGACUAGAGUCAUUGACUUGGGCGCACCAGAGGAACCAGGAUCCCAGCCACGGCUCUUCUUGUCUAAGAAAACAUCAGGACAGUACAUUGCUCUGAGCCAUCGUUGGAGUAAAACGAUCGCGGUAAAAUUGAAGCGUGAAAAUCUCUUCCAGUACGAGAAAGAGCUCCCCGUGGACGACGAUGAGCUUGAUUGGUUUCAGGAGUCCAAGAAGAUGGGGACUAUAUUUGAAGAGGCCGCAUGCACAAUUGCUGCUGUCGAUUCCGUGGACGACGACGGGAUCGACCGCGGAUUGUUUUUAUCACGAGACGUUGAUCCGGUUUCAAUCAAAUUCACGCUUCCCUACAAAAAGGCCCCUCUGAAGAAACUAUCGGAACGAGUAUUCGGAACUGAUUCUCCGGUCUAUAUUUGGAAAGUUCGAUGGUUAAGGGAAAAACCGACAAUGAAGACCUGCGACAAAAACAUCAUCACGAUUCGGCCACAGAUUGUGUCUGCUUCGAAGCGUGUGUCACGGUCCAACUGGCAUGAACGAGGCUGGGUCUUGCAAGAAAGGCUUCUUUCUCGCCGAUUGAAAUAUUUCACCAAGGAAAAGCUCUCCUGGUCUUGCUUCACCAACAGUGGUGAUGAGGAGGGUGGUGAUCCCAAGGUCGCAGCCAGGGCCUCUCUACUUCCGCUGACGUUUAGUAAGGACCGAUUGGCUGCCAUUAGUGGUAUUUCUGCGCGGUUAGAAGCCUACUUUUCAUGCAAGGUCUACGCAGGAAUCCUCCACCACUCGCCUGACGACGCCGCAGAGAACUUACUAUGGCUUCAAGAGUCGUAUUCAAUGCGAGUCAACGGAUUCAUUGAAAGAAUGCAAGGGAACAUGCGUGUCUGGCAGCGUUUCUUUUGA